UCCAGCACAGUAAACUACGCAAAAUUAAAAACGAAUUUACGCCUAGCUAUGUCCAGGCUCAAACUUCUCCAAAAGAAAAAAUUAGAACUCAUUGAAAAGUCCAGAAAAGAAAUCGCAGAUUACAUUUUAGCAGGGAAAUAUGAAAGGGCUAAAGUUAGAGUGGAAUAUAUUGUCAGGGAGGAUUACCUAGUAGAAGCAUUAGAAAUCGUUGAAAUGUACUGUGACUUGUUACUGGCUCGAUUUGGUCUCAUCUCUAACAUGAAAGAACUAGAUGGAGGCAUUUCAGAAGCUGUAUCUAGUUUAAUUUGGAUAGCACCUCGUCUGUCUGAUGUACAGGAACUAAAAGUCAUUUCUGACUUGUUGGAAUCGAAGUAUGGUCCCAGCUUUGCCGAGGCUUGCAGAGUAGAAUCGAUUCAAUCCAUAAGCACCAAACUGAAGCACAGAAUGUCGAUACAAAGCCCUCCCAAGUUAUUGGUGGAGAAGUACAUGAUAGAAAUCGCCAGGAGUUACAAUCUCGACUACGAACCUGACCCGCAUGUCAUGUCCAUGGAAAAAGGAAACGAUGCUUUGUUGAUUGAUUUGUCCAGUAACUCCAAUAAUUUAGGGGGUGGCGGUAUGCCUCAGCCCCCGGGCUUCUUAGGAUACCCACAGCCUCCUCCAUUGCCCCAUUUGAUUGACCCGAGGAUGCCGCCUACUCUAGGUCCUUUUACGUAUCCACCACCAAAAGAAAAGGAACUGAAUGUUGGUCCCACUGCUCCACCUUCGGCAUUUUCUUACAACAUUCCACCAGACACUGGCAAGGAAUUCAACACAGAUAAUGCUGAUAGUAAUUUGCCAACCUAUCACAACUUAUACCCUGCUGCUAAUUAUCAGGAAGAUCCUUCGGGAACAACUUUUGACAAUAACUUGGAGAAUAACGAUGACAAACCCAAGCCGGCUCCCAGGCUGAAGAUGAGCGACCAAACAUACGACCUAUCCGAAUUGCCAUCCGUACCGGAUUUUCCUCCAAGGCCAAAUCGUGAAGACUCGCCCCCAAAAGAUGAUGACAUCGACUUCGAUGAUCUGACCAAGAGGUUCAACGAAUUGAAGAAAAAGCACUAGUUAAAAAGUAUUCACUGUUGUAUUCUUUAGUAUAUGUUUAUAAUGUGCUCCUAACCGAAUGUGAUACGCUUGUAGAACUUUUUGAAUGUCACGUUUCUCUAUGCAAUUGAGGGCUUUUUCACUAGAUAGAUGAGGUUUUUGUUUUCAGCAGGUAAUGAAUAGGUUUUCAAAGAGUUCAUCUUAAAGCCGAACAAUCUAGAAAGGCAGAAGUAAGCAUAUUAAAUUCAUUGAUUAAAGAAACCUGGUUAUUGAUUUUUGGGGCGGAAUCUUUCAUAUUUUCUACAUAUUUCAAUUGAUUAUAUUUAGUUUUGUACUGUUUUAUUUGCUAGUAAUCUGUAGACAAUUAUUGAAAAAAUAUAUUUUUACCAUAAUCGUUAUAUAUUACACAUAUUAUAAUAAACACAAUUUUCAAUA